ACCCAUCACAAGUUCAAAACAAAAAGAUGGCUGACCAAAUUUGUAACGCGGAUUACUCGCAUAAAGCAAGGCCGAUAUAUUUAACAUCGCCUGCGUUAAGCCAACUUUAAAUUAAUAUACUCAAGUAUGACCUUCCGCCACUUUCACUGGUUGAUUUUGGGGAUUGCUUUCUUGAUUGAAAGUGGACAAAUGAAAGAUGUUUUUGGAAUGCCUUCGAGACUGUUCAUGGGCGGAAGUAAUCUGUGCUUCGAUUUUGGAUCGUCGCCCGGACUACAGGAAAUACACAGUGAAUACAUUGCUUAUGAAGUUCUUUUCAGCGAUGAGACAUCUUUGAUCGCUAAUACCAGUUACUGCAAUCUCCAUGUCUGGAUUGAUGGUUCGAAAGGGAUAUUAUUACAUGGAAGAGAUAAAAGAUCGUUCCACAAAAUCGACGCUCGCUUGAAAAUUGAGAAUCCGGAAUUCUAUAAGGUAAUGAAAGUCAGAUGCAUGAUUCCUUCUUUCCUUCCUUGUCGUGGUCUCACAAAAAAUGUCUUUCAGUGACACUGCAUCUAACCGAGUUAAUCGCGAUUAACUACUAUCACUUUUAAUUGAAUUAACUCGCCCAUGGAGAAAAAUUCCGGGAAAAAAUGCAUUCCAUUGUUUUAUUCGAUUGUCUCUUUGCAUUUUUGUUUGUGAUAGAAGUAUGUACUUAAGUAUUCUGUCGUGUCGGGAGUGCUGUAGCAUACAGAUCAUAUUUCAAUUUUUUUUAUUCCCAGAUCUAUAUCAACAGAGAACAUCAAGCCUGGUUCGACCAUCGAUCACGCGUGAAUCUGAUCAUGCUGAUUUCAUGUCCCAACCGGAAGUUAAUACGUUGCAUUCAGUUUCAAGAAAGAAAAGGUAAGUUUUCAAGAAAUAUUUAAACAGCUUAUUUUGGUAGUUAUAGGAAAAUGAAAGUGUUUAAUUUUUGAAUUGUGCAAAAAUGAUUUUUUAGAGCGUCUCUCUCUGAUACAUCCCCAUAUAACUUUUUAUCAAAUGCAUCACGCAUCAAGCAAAAAUAAUGUUACAUCGUACUUUCAUAAGUAAGAAAACUGCUUAAAAUAACUAGGCUAAAAUAACAAAAAAAAAACAUUAUAACCUCUCAGAAUUGUCAUGUUAUUUGCCAUAGGUUUUGAGAAAAAAUAAUGAUCAGCAAGGUCCUAUCCAGGAAUCCAUGAGAAAAACUAAAUAAAAUCCAUAAAUAUACAAGAUUACAGGAGAUUCUAAGAUUUGGUAAAGCAGACUGUAAAAAGAAAAAAAAAAUCAAAACAAACUAUCUGAUCAAGGGAUCUCAGUAUCUUUUAUGUGCAUAUCCUUAUUUACCCACCACUAAAAAAUAGUACAUCUUCCACAUACCUUCCUAAAAUAGAAGGUGAUCUUCUCAUGAAGUGCUGACUACUGGCAGGUAGCUGGAUAAGAUGGGUCAGUUCUCUUGAACCCCUACCCUAACAGGAUGCAUCUGAGGUUUGAAAAGUACCUCUUUUGUGUGGAGCCUCUCUUUAUAGGUCAUCAUAGCGAGCACCCCUCCCCCCUUCCACGGGGGAGUCUGAACUUCCAUAACUGUUUUUUCGCCUGGGUGGGCUCAAAAUUACCAAGCUACCCCUCUCCUAUGACAGAUUUUUUCUGUUUUCAUUCACUAAACAGGGUACAAAGAGAGUCAUGUCUGAUAAACAUGCGGAUGGCCCAGAUUUUGCCAUCGAGCUAGUGAAUUUUGUUGUCAACUUACACGACGGGCAAGUGAAGUUUUUUGAAGUCUUCAAAUUAGAGAAUUUAGAACUGUACAAUCAAUCCUGCGCAUUAAAAAGUUUUUGCAGCUGGUUGAUAUGACUUUUGGACUAGUACAAAUAUAUAUUAGCUUAAAACUGACUUUAUUGGCAACCUACCAAACAACACAAGGCUGACUUAGCCUAUGAUCAGAGUACACAUACACUGAGAAAGAGACCUUUGAAGCUAUAAUAAUAUUCACAUUCAAGACAGACCCAAAUAACAUGACAUUUGCCUCACAAAUUAAUAGUCAGAUACAACGUUGUUUGUGCCAUGCCAGGCGCCAUUUAAUUUUCGCUUUUUUCAGAACUACAUCUGAUGCCUUCAAUACUGUAUGUGUCACCUGCGCUUUGAAUUUCUGUGCAGCUAUGAAAUUAAUUGGGACUAAGUUUCAGAGCUGUAGCUAGCGGGGGGGGGGGGAGGAGGAGGCCUGGACCUGUUGAGCCAGACAAAUCAAGUCUGUGGAUUGAUUUGUUUUCUUUUAACUCAGUUAUUUUGAUUGUAGUGACUUGCAAUUGUUUGCCAUUUUCGUAUUCAAGGUUGAUUUUUUAGAGACAUAUCUCAUGACAAGCGCUGAAAAUAGCAUUUCGGAGCCUCCAAAUUUGAAAAUUUUCUGGGAGAAAGACCCUCCCCCUCUACAAGGCUCAUGCAUGGCUUUGGCACUAGCGAUAAUGUCCUGCCCAUACAGAAAACCUAGCUACAACCCUGAGUUUUUAACAGAGAACAUAACACAUGCCCAUUUUUGAUACAGUAUGUUGCCCAGUAUCCGGACACUUCAGUUUAAGAUUGCAAUAACUUUCCUUUGUUAAUCGCAAGAGCUCUGAAAUUUGGCCCCGAGAAAAUCUAUUUAGUCCUUAAUAUGACGACAGUUUAACUUUUUUGCCUUUGUUUCUAUCGCGAAAUUAAUAUUUUUGCAGAGCUCCUAUGUUGCCCAGUAUCCGGACAGCUGGCCAGGUAUCCGGACACAACAACAACAACGUAAUUGUACAUAAAUUUUGGCAGACAAGCGACUUAUAAGCCUCUCUUGCACCUGCAAAGUAGUCUGGCAAUCAAUUCCAAAAAUAUAACCUAGCAUCGUGAAAUAAAACAUAACAAAUGACUGGGGUAUGGUGGGGAACGCGAACGGCUGUUUUAAAAGUGGGUAUAAUUCUCACUUCCUUGUCUAGGAACUUUUUCACUGAUUUAAGGAAGUAAUCCAUGGACGUGCCGAAGCCGCAGUUUGCAAGCUUAAUUAGCCAAUCUGCAAACGACUUUUUUUCUUCAUUUUUUAUUUAAAAAAAGCUUGGGAAGGGGACCUCAAUCCGACGGUCAAAGGUCACUCUCCCAUUUAGUCUGACCUGCAGUGUUGAUUUGUUCAUGCUCAGUCCCCACAAUAAGCCUGCUUUUCUAGCACUAAUUCCUCCUUCUUUCACAUCCCUCAAUCCUUCUGUGUCAUUUUUCAGACCGUUGCAACCCCAUUCUAGCAGUCACAACUGGGGAAAGUAUGAGAAUUCCAGGUUCAACUCAGACGUUUUCGGUUAUAUAUAGAAAAUGCAGUCAGGCGAAACAAGCCAUGCACACGAAAUCAAGUCGCCUCUAAAUGAGUGGAGAAAAUUUCCAUACGGAGUUGAGUAGAAUUACAUUUUACGACUAUAUCAUAUAUCCUAAGCUUUAAUAAAUUAUAGUUACUGAUAUGAAAUAAAUCUUAUCCGGAUAAUGUACACAGCUAAUUCAUCAAUUCUGUACAGCAAAGAAAAAACUGUCCGGAUACUGGGCACCUGACAUCAAUACUUAGUGAAUGUUUCUAGCUUCCGUUAUUCCAAACAAAUCGAAUUUCAAGAAGAAUUAAUAAACUUUCUGAGAACCUGACUUCCUUAAGUAUCUUCACUUUAAAAAUAAAACAGUUUCUUUGAAAAUAUCACACAUUACCCUCCCUUUUCUAAGCAGCACUAAUUUUACUGCGCAGUAAACAGCGUAAAUAUUAGCCAUGAAAAGUUUACUCACCUGAACAGAACGGCGUCUUCUGCGACUGUUGCGCAAGCUUUCAAAUUGCCAAAACUUUCAUCUUAAAGCUGAAAUGUUCAGCUUUCAUUCAAAAUACUUUGUUUGCCGAGAACUGAAAAGGGCACCUCAAAAACUGAGUUUUUGUUUCAAGUGUCCGGAUACUGGUACCAUCCGGAUACUGGGCAACAUACUGUAACUGAUUGUUUUCUUUUUAGAGCUGUUACCUCUGCAAAGAAGACUGUUGAGUGUGGGUGGUAAUGACCUGUACUUGCACAGGAGUCCCAAUAAAGGCCUACAACCGCUGCAAACAGUCAUCAUGUUGAUUGCAGGAGUUGUGCUUCUUGUUAUAGCUGGAAGCCUGUGCUCUGUUUGUAACAAAGACCGGGAUAACCUAUCCGAGUGAGUACCCUUGCUUCACUACUUGGACCUAUAAAACAUAACAAUAAAAUCCGAUGUUUGUCUAUGGCACUUGUCACUAGUACUUAUUUUUACCACCACUGUCCAUACGUUUUAAAAAUGUCAAGUGAUCUUCUUUUUAUUGUGUUUUUUUUUUUCACUGGUACCUUAUUUCUUGGAAUUGUUUUCUUAUUGACUAUAGAUCAGAGAAAAGAGCUCAAAUAUUAUCCUAUCAUGAACGCUUGCCAAGUCAUUAUGAGGUAGGUAUAGAGUACCGAAGUAUGACGUCAUAGAAAAUGAAAUUUGUGAAAUUAUGGGAUUUGUUAAGAUAUUCCGAAAGAACAACGUCCAAGACGCCUACUCGCCAAAAAUUAGCAAUUUGGAGCAGAUUGUCUCUGAGAUAUUAACCCAGUUAUGCUCCGAUGACUCCAUACAAAUCCUUCUAAAUCUUACCUGGUUCCUAAUCUUAUGAACCAAGCCAAAUUUAGAAGGAUUUGUAUGGAGUCGUCACAGCAUAACUGGGCUAAUAUCUCAGAGACAAUUUGCCCCUUAUUGCUAAUUUUUGGCGAGUAGGUGUCUUGGACGUUGUUCUUUCAGAAUAUCAUAACAAAUCCCAUAAUUUCACAAAUUUCAUUUUUAUGACGUCAUCACUUCGGUACUCUAUUGUAGAAUGUGUAACAUACAAAUGAAAAGUAGGAUAAGCUAAUGAAAAAAAAAAUAACGUGAGGGAAAAGUAGAGUAGCAACCUUUGCUUAUCAAAAGAUUUUCAUCAGGUGAGAAAAAAUGUUUGAAAAUGAGGUUGUUCAGUUUUUUGUCAGUCUCCGUAUCUGUUGGUAGACCCCAUCACUCAAGGAGGACAAGGAGUAAUGACGGUGACAUGGUACGUCAUUCUUCCUUCCAAAUUCGUGGAGAAAAUCUAAUCUUUCUUAAAAGAGGAAUUUGUUUCUGAAUUUAUGGCUUGCACAGUCUAACACCAAAACUUACCUACAAAUAUAGCUUACAUUAGGGCCUAAAAAAGUUGUUGGGGUGGGUAAAAAAUGCCUUCCUACCCAUCCUUCUGUACAUCGUCGACGCCGGGGCGAGCCACAGUGAAUAAACGUUUUAAGACGUUGGUUAAGGUCGAGGUUUUCUUACAGCAAAUUUAGUUUUUGCAAUAAUAGUUUGAUUUCUCGCGUGUUGAUUGGCCGAGAACUAUGGUCAAUAAGUCUACAGACCAUGGAAAUAACGUGAUGGUAGCGCAAUUUGAUUUUCUCCUUCAAGGGCGUGCGACUUUCCAAUAAAUUCAACGUAAGUGGACGCCAAAAACUAUCAAUGUUAUUUAAAAACAACAACAACAAAAAGACAAAAAUUUUCCAUGGACUGUACCCUUAUCGACCAUAGAAAUGGCGUCAGAAUGUUCAAAACUCAAGUGGAAACGCGAGCCGUAGGCGGGUGGUUUCACUGUAAAGUUUUGAACAUUUUGACCGCUUCAUUUCUAUGGUCGAUAACAGAAUAGACCAUUUUAAAUAGCUGUUUAUUUUUUAACUCUAAUGAUUUCUUAUGGCUUAGUAUCAUGGACUUAAAGUACUGUGUGGCGAAUUUUACGAUUUUACUUUAUGUUUAAAAAGAAAGGUGCUUGUGAUACAGUCUAACAUCGACUGACGGUAAUUUGUGUUGGUUUCUCUUUUCUUUUGUAGUCAAUGCCACGAGAGCAAAAAGUUCAACAAGAAAUAGUCUUGGAGACAAAGGAUGACGUAGUUGUUGAAAGGGCAGAAAGAACUGAAUCUCUCAACGUAGAAAACCACGUUGCGCUGUAUGACGAGCUGACAGUAAGCGUUCAGCACGUAGCACCGCAAAGCGUGGAAGAUGAGACGUUCGAGGGCGUGAACCAUGUACCAAAUAACGAGCACCAAGUGCAAAGAAGUGAACACAACGUUCAAAGUUGCGAAAGCCACGUGUCAAGUAGUGAACAGAACGUGCAAAGUAAUGCACAGCACGUGUCAAGUAGUGAACAACACGCGCAAGGUAGCGUGCAGCACGUGCCAGGUGCUGCGCUAGGGAUACCGCCUAGUUUGCAAAGUAGUGUGCAACACGUGUCGUCGACGGCUGUGAAUCACAUGACCGAAGAUGAAAAGAAAAAACGAAGUAGCAAAGACGAACAUGAUCAUGAAGAGCAUAAAGGCAGAUUUUGGAAACGCACUCGCUCAUCCAAAAAAAGUGCAGCCAGCACUGAUACCAAGAGGACUUCAGAUACAGUUUUAAGAGCAGAGGAAGAACAAAAGCAUCACGAUAGACGAUCAAAGAAAGGUUCUAAAGAAUUUAAGGGCAAAGCAGGGAAACCUAACGAAAGAAAAAGUUCCUCAGAAAGCGAAGAAAGAAAACCUUCAGAUGAACACCGAAGGGAGAGACCACGAGAGAAGACACCAACACUGGAUCGGCACUCACGAGGACUUCCGACACCACCACUACCACCUGCCCCACCGGGCUCACAUGGGCAUACCCUUCCAGAUCGACCCCUCCCCGAAAGGCAGAGUUCUGCCCCGGAUGGUACUGGGUUGGAAGAAGAUAACAACUAUGAAAUAGUAGAAAAACGAAAAACGAGAUCUGUGGAGAAUAUCGACCUUGCAACCGAUGAAAAAUACGAUGCUGUUCGGAUUGAAGUCGAAAAGCCCCGCACUGUUCGUUCCGCUGUCGAAUCGAUCAACGUAGAGCGCCCCGAUAGUUGGAGGGGUAGUGACAUUUACGAAAUCGUCGAGGAAACAAGCCAGGCUGAAGAUCUGUACGACGAAGUGGAAAACAAUAAGAAAGAGAACAGCGAGAAGGACGAAGACGAGGAUCCUGAGGACCCUUAUUCGCGAAUUAAAAAGCUUAAAGAAAUGGAAGCUUUGGAGAACUUAGAACUCUACGAGGAAGUCGAUACAAAGCCGGAAAUUGAAGUGACAAGCCCCGAUCAAUUAGUAGUAAGCAUUGACGAGGGGUCGAUUCGCAGUCGCUGUAAGAGCGAUACAGCUGGCCUUCAGAAACCUAGUAACGAGUUUAUCAGACGGUGUCACACAAUCGACGUGGUGCGGGAGAGACAAGGCGUGGAUGCAUCCUCAGAAGGCAAGGUUUCAAAUGCGUUAGUGGAUUAUCUUUACGCUAAAGUGGAUCUCAGUAAGAAAAAGAAGAGACUUGCAGAGAAUCACACUGGAGAGGAAUGGAGCGAUGACAAUCCCCCUCCCCUCCCCCCAGUUUAUAUUUCAUCUAGGCAAAUUCAGAUCGAGAUGGGAACAGUUGAAGGUAAGUGAGUAAAUAAACGACCUGAUUUGAUUCUUUCAUGACUUGUUAUACCGUUAUUACAUGUGUAUUCAGUGGUGGAUCUAGACCUUCAGAUAAGGGGGGAGGGGAGGGGAAGUCAUCCAGACCCUGAGCCCUGAGAUUGAUCGGGUCUCAGUUUGGUCCAAAAAAAAGGGGGGUUGGAGGAGGAGACCCUGGCCCUUCCUCUGGAUCCACCACUGCUAUAUGGUUACUCUGGGUUCGUUGUCAAGUUCGAGGUUCCAGGCUCGGUGGGCCUCGAUCUGUCCUCGCCACUGAGUUUUUUUUCCCUUUGGCUUUCCGUCGACUUCAGUGGAACUCCAACACGCGGGCAAGAAAAAACAAAUGAAAAAAAAAAUUGAAUCGUCCGUUUGUUUUCAAGUGCUCUAUAAAGGUGAAAUUAGGAAGAUUCGCUUUGUACUCGUGGAAUGCUGGCAAAGAAAUAUUUUUUUCACGUGCACGUUAUGCACGUGCAGUGUUGUUGUUUUGCUGAUCUAAGGUUACGUCCACUCGAAUCAGGAUAUUUUUGAAACCGUACAUUUUUUUUGACUCGAAUAGGUCUGUUCGUCUUCCCGAAACCAGUGAAUUUGCUCACCGAAACCCCAUUUUUUGAAACUUCUUUCCAGCUUAGUUAAAGGCUCCGUUCAUACGAUUCUGGCUAAAAAAUAAAUGUCGGAAUCGCGUGCUUAGGACUUAAACCAAUUGUUUUUUGCUGUUCUGGUUGACGUCGCUAUUGCUUAAACUUCCUGUUAUUCCAGUCUCAUUUCUGGCAACCGUAUUCCACAAGUAAAAUCAAUGUAGCUCUUCUUUACUCGUAUAACCGUCUACUUCUAAUGCGAGCACACACAAUGAAACUCAUACCUCUAUGGUCGUCAACAGGUGCUGAAGACAGCCUGUACGAUGAAGUUGCGCCGAGUUCAAGUGAUAAUACGCCUCUUUUAAAUAACGACUUAUCUGUUCCCGAUACUGGUGCAGAUGAGGACAAAAGAUUAUCGGCCGCUUCCGGCUACUACGAACUUGUUGAAGUCAAACACGAGGUUCCUACUGUUGAUGGUAAUUAUACAGGGAUUGUAGAUGAGGGGCCUAGGCCCAAAUCGAGCAGUAGUGGUCGAGCGGAACCUGCGCACGUGGACAGCAGUAGCACGCUUGCGUGCGCUUCAUCUGCGGUAAUCGAUUCUAAUGGAACGGCGGAAGGAGAAGACGAAGACGGCGCACCACAUUACGAGAUAGUAACGCCGCGAAGGACAGAGAAAAAAGUGUCCAAAACAACGGACGUAGCAUGGAUUUGAUGUAGUAUUGGAUUGCUACUGAAAACUCUACAAAGAUUAGAAUUCAUGUUGUCAGGAGUUUGUCAUCUGGAGCGCUCUCCGUAUCACAGACUUUCAAUUUAUAAAACUUUUACACUUCUUUACUCUUACCAAAUGCUGCUUAAAAUCCUACUCUGCUCUUAUUGGCUGGGAGUUUUUUUUGGCGCGAGAAAUGAAUCUAUUAAUAGUCUGAAAGUAUGACACUCUGCAGUGACCACGACUUUACAAGAGAGAUAGAGGCUCCAGGAUGAAAAUCUGGUCUUGUUGAGCUGAACCACGUAAUACAGACUCAUUUGGGUACUGCUGUUAAUAUCUGACUGGUCAAAAAUAGUCCAGUCCAUCAUAUUACCAAAACGCGCAAGAGGUCCCGAGCGUGCUCUGUCGUGAAAUAAUAGAGACCUUAGUACGCACCGUUUCCGUGCACGGGAACGGACAAGCUACCCGUACUCGUAGCCCGUAAAUACGGGUAGACUGCCUCUUAUCCCGGAGUAACGGCUAGGUUACGGGGCAGAACGGUGAUGCCAUUAUCACAUCUGGGAAGUUAUGGUCGCCUUUUGUAUAAACUGCUUGGCAAACAUGUUCGCCUACCCGACUCGUAGGCGGAAACGGUGUAUCUUAAAGUCCCUAAUGCAUGCGUACGGAUUGGCGCAAAUAGUGGGGUAUUCCGUUAAGGGGGAUCACGUUGGCCUCGAUUUUUAAGCGCUCUCUAAAUCGCUUAAGAAGUCUGCUCUUCUUUUAUUUACAUAAUUCAGUACUGCACUCAGCGAUGUUUUCUUUUUCCUUAAUCAACGUCCCUAUUGUCUUUUACAUUUUUCGAAAGGAACAAGUUUUGAAUUGAAAUAUAUGAAAUGAAUGUUAAAAAGGGAAAGUAAAAUUAUUGUUCAAGGCACUAGAAGCGCUUUUCCAGAUGACGGUGAUAACGAUCCCUAAACGUCUUUUGGGCUCGUGACAAAAAUCACAUCACAACACUCGUCACGGAAGAUUACGUGAUAUCUCUGAAUGCGCCUUUAAAAGCGGCGUACUAAUUAAUGCAUUAUUCGCGAAACUGAGGGUGUUCUUUUUUGUAUGAAGAAUUUCUAUUUAUAUAAAAUAUACUGCAAAUAUUAUUCAAAUUUUUAAAACUCAUUAAGUAACCUUAAGGUGUAGCGAGAUGUAAAGAAGGUUUUUUUUUUUUAUAUACCCUGGAUUAUAAGCUUGUGCCUGCGGUGGUUGGCGCAUUUAGCAGAGAAAACGCAACGUCAAUUGAGAACGCAAAAGCGCGCGAAAAGGAUUGAAUGCGACUUGUAGUGCUCAAUUUGCCGCUGCGCCAUUGGUCAGUUGAGUUUUUAGAUCAGUUGUAUGGUCAUUUGAAUUUUAGAUUUGCCUCUCUCGCCUCGUUGACUUUGCUAAAUCCGGAAAUUUGCAACGUUAUCUGCUUAAUGGACAUCGGAGAGGUCCACGCACAGGCUUGCUAGAAGCUAAAAUCAGAAUUUGACUAGCAAUGAAAUUUCAGUUACCGACUCAUUUUUCUUUGAAUAAAGAGAAUGAAGUUCUCCUUUCUUAAAUUAAUAGGUAUAGCUGACAAUUCUUGGACGGUUUAGUUUUCGAGUAAUCAUUGACGUGGCCCCAAAAAAGGAAUCGAAAAUAAAAUUUUCGCGCGAAGCGUGGGGUAUUGACUUGUUUCCAGUCGACUCCGGUCGAGAAACUAGAGGAACGCCUGGAGGCAAGUUUAAUACAAGGUGUUCUUUUCCUUGACCGUUGGAUACCAACGCUGUGAAGCCACUGGUAGAUUUCUAAACAGUCAGUUAAGGUUACGUAUCUAAUUAAGCUGUGAGGGUUUUCCAGUGCUUCUCUUCUUCCAACGUUGUUAGCCCAGGUAGACAGAUCUAUGCUAUAUUUCUUCAUUAGAAUAUGCGUAGCGUUCUUGAGUUGUUGUGCGAAAACCUAACUUCUGAAUAUUGAAAGUAUACAGCACAGUAAAUUUCAAUCUGAUAUACCAUUCGUUCAAUGUGGUAUUAAAUGUCGGCUCUAACACUCUUAUCACCCGAGCCUAAAUUUUGCAUUUUGAGGUGGCGUCAGGCUUCGUACAGAGUCUUGAAUUCUUUAAAAAAUCUUGAAAAUUUGCCAACAAUUUUCAAGACCUAGAGAAAGUCUGGAGAAUAGAGACAAAGUCUGGAAAAAAUGGUAAAAAGCCUUGAG